ACUACUUUUUCAAGGAUAUGAAUAUACAACUUGAUAAUGAAGUGAUGGCUGGGCUUUUUAACUGUGUGGAGAUGUUUUAUCAUUAUGAUGGUGAAUUGCAAGGCCAUGUUAUAAAUGUUGAGUUGCCAAAGUAUACUCGUAAAGAUGGAGCUUUUGGAAAAUCGUGGGCAACUCAAGGGUGUGCGAAAAAUGAUGACAAUUAUAAUCCAGUUACAUGGUGGAUGACUUAUGGAAAUCAAACUCCAAACUUGCAACGAAUGGCGAGAAAGAUUCUCUCGUUAACCACUAGUUCAUCCGGUUGUGAAAGAAAUUGGAGCACUUUUGAAGGGAUACAUACGAAGAAAAGAAAUAGACUAGACGUGAAUCGAUUGAACAAUCUAGUCUAUGUUCAAUUUAAUGCGAAAUUGAUGAACAAGCACAAAAGGGAGAAGGAAAGGAAUGUUGAUGUGCUACUUGCUAGUGAUGCUAGUAAUGCACAAGGAUGGAUCGUUGAUGGAGAAGAUGAUGAAGAAGUUGAGCCUGGUACGGGGCUCACUUGGGAAGUGGUUGGUGAAGCAUCGGGAGCAGACGAGAUGCUUCAAGCUCGAAGAAGUUCUAGGAUGAGAGAGCUUCAUGAAGAUGAUUUUCAAUCAGAAGAAGAAGAUGAGCAAGAAAUCAAUGAAUUUGAUUUUGAGUCCGAUGAAGAUCGUGUAUUGGAAGAAUAUGGAGAGGAAGAAGACCAAUUAGAUAGUUAGACUUAGAUUCUUCGGAUAUGGUUUAUGUUGUAUUAUUGCUACUUCUACCUUCUUGAACUUAUAACUAAUAUAAUAGUUUAUUUUUUGAGUCUUAAUUCCAUUAUUUCACUUGUCUUUUCAACUUUGAUUUACCUGAAAAUAAUAUCAAAUUACAUCAAAAGGUUUUUAGAAAAAAAAAAAAAAAUCAUUUUUCCUAGUCGCCGCCUAGGCCCCC